AUGCAGACGCAUUUUGAGGUUUUUGACAAGAUGCUUGAAGAGAUCCAACAGCUGCGUCUAGACGCCAUCUACUUUACAAAAUCGACAUCCAGAACAGAGGGGAAAAUAGAAAAGCUGAGAGGAAAGUGCAAGAGAUAUAAGGAGAAGUUUGUACGGAAGCCGUCGGAAAGGUAUUUCAAAAAGAUCGAGAAAUUUUAUCGAGCAAUAAAGAAACAUCUAGUGAAUAAUAGGAGGUGUGAAGAUGCGUUCCAAGAAGUCAUCCAUGAGCUUAAGAAGAAAUGCGAGGACCUUUGCUCGAGAUCCGGGGUGUCCUUUGACCUGGAAUGCCCAGAAAUACCAGAUGUAAACUGCGUUGUGAACCUGGGAGAGAUGGGAAGCAACGAGCAACUAUACUGCAAGUGCAAAAGACCUGCAUUCAAAAAUAUGAUAGCAUGCGAUUCCUUGGACUGCAAGGGGAGAUGGUUCCAUUUUGAGUGUGUUGGAAUUUCAACUGUUCCAAAAACACUUUGGAUAUGCCCGGAAUGCAGAAAAGCUGGAACGCUGACUAGGUAA